AUGUCAAGCUCGCCACCUCAUGAGAAUGAUUCUAGUAAAAAGAGGUCCGAAUCAAGAAAGCGUGAGCCGCUUUCGCGCCCAACAACACCUCUUCGAGCAUCAUCACGUCUAUCUACUCGUGAGCUGAGAAAAUCUAGUUUCAAUGCUGGCUUUGGAUUAGACCCUGAGGUGCUUGAGCCAUCCCUCUCCGAAUUAUCAGAUUCAAUGGCAGACCUGGAAGCGAACUUCAUGCAUCUCCAGAUAAUGCACGAAAGUCUAUCUCGUUUCAGCGAAAAUUUCGCUAGUUUCUUGUACGGAUUGAAUAUGAACGCUUUCUGUGUAGACUUUCCAGAGCAGGCACCAAUAAUAGAGUCUUUCCCCCGAUCUCAAGAUCAUGAAGAUCAAACUGUUCGCCCAGUCACCCUUGAAAGCUCCUGUGGAGAGACGGAUGGAGAGGCAACAUUUUUAACGACCGAUACAUCAUUCGUUGACAAUCCUCCUACAGCUCCACGUAUAGUUCAAAAAUACUCAACAUCGAACCAUCAAACGGGAGGCGUUAAUCGUGGUGUUAUCGCUUCAGAAGAAAAAAAAACGGCAAGAGGCAACCUUCGCGGGUAUCGAGGUAGUGGUCUUGCCAGAGCAAAGCCACGAGGAGCGAGGUAG